AUGCUAACACCAAAUGCUGUGAAUAAGGUUGUUGCUUUUGAAAUGAUCUAUCGGGCUAACGGGUAUCUUCCUGAUUACUUCGUGUUUAAGUACUUCUUCCACUUUUGUUGCUCUGUUGAUAAAUACAUGUUUUCCGUUCGUCGGGGAGGAUAUACUCUAGUGCCUGACGGCCAGAUGCCCAAAAACUGGCAAGACAAGUGGUUUUGGGUUAAUCAGGGUUUGGUGGGUAACAGACACUACUUUGCUAAUACUUUUGCUGAUACUACCCCCAAACUCUUUCCCCAUAACCAGGGUGUGGCCGGUUUUCUUAAAAAUGUCUAG